AAAACUUACUGAGAAUUAUUUGGAUUUGGACAAAAUUUGAAUGUAUCAUCAGAUAAAAAAAUAACUUAAUCGAAUGAGUAAUUUAGUUAUACGGAACAUUCAGGUCGGGUAAGGUAUAAUCAUGUAAUUCCUCUACAAAUACCAGAAAUUAUCUAUAAAAGAAGACGAAAACACAAAAAUAAUCAAGAAAUGGGAAUAAUAUGGUCGAUAUUCUCAAAGCCAAAGCCAAAGCCACAUAAUAACAACGAAGACAUGCUAAAACAUGCAGACUCGCCUCUUACUCUUGAUACGACGUCGUCUCCUCAGGCCGACGAUGACGUUUCCUUGAAGCCCAAGACAGAGAAGAACUUGAUAGAGGAAGAUGAGUGUAAAGCGAAGAAAAACUGUUUCAUGUUGAACGCGAGAGAACUCUCAAUUACAUGGGCAGAGUCUCAGACAAAUAAAUAUUGGAGUUGGUUCUCUGAUCUUGACCAAACAUCCAGUGAUGUAGGAACUGAGGUUGCAAAGAUGGAACGAGUAGCUUGGUUAGAAGUGGUUGGAAACUUCGAAACGGAGAAACUAACUCCCAACAGUUUGUACGAGGUUGUGUUUGUGGUUAAGCUAAUAGAUUCUGCGAAAGGAUGGGAUUUUCGGGUUAACUUUAAACUGGUUUUGCCAACCGGAGAAACCAAAGAGCGGCGAGAGCAUGUGAAUCUGUUAGAAAGGAACCAGUGGGUGGAGAUUCCGGCCGGUGAGUUCACGACAUUGCCAGAACAUCUUUCCGGCAAGAUUGAGUUUUCGAUGUUGGAGGUUAAAAGUGGACAGUGGAAGUCCGGUCUGAUUGUGAAAGGUGUUGCUAUUAGACCCAAGAAUUAAGAAUCCUAACUUGUAAGCUUAAACAAUAAUAAGAACACGAAAUUUAUUAUUAUGAUGGAUGAUUUAUGUACA